AUGACCUUGACCCGAGUGAACGGCAUCUCCCUUAAGGAUACUCCUGCAAACGAGAUCGAUAUGGCGGCAUCUGCCCCCCUUUCUACGAUUGUCCACGAACCUUUGAUUAAGAGCAAUUACGAAGUCGUCCUUGGUCAUGAUGUCACAGUGCUCACGCAGCUCGACACCCCUUACUGGACCGUCGUCGUCCUCUCAUCUACAGCCAACUCGCCCGUCCGCACCGUCGUGACGACGGAGAAGAGCCUCGACCUCGCCGCCGCACUGGCCGCGGUGCACAGGCGGUCGGCCCUCGAGGUGUCUCACUUUUACGUCGCCAUGGGCAAAACCUACGACAGCCCCAUCAUGCCACCGCUGCAGGGACAGAAGAGAAAGACCAAGCGUGACGGCAGCGGCCUGGACAAUGAGGGUGUCCGCCAACUCUCGGAAGUGGAAGGCGGCGACGACUUUGACAACGAGAACUACACGGACUCGAGUUCGGAGUCCGAGGACGACGUCGAGCUGGGCCUUGACCUGUCAGACGAGAGUGAGGACGAAGACGGCCUGGAGCAUAUCAGGAAGCCGUCGCACCGCCGACGUCGUGAGACUAAGAACAACAUGUUUGGGCCGAGGACAGUCCCCUCCCGUCAGUCCACGUCUCCUCGCAUGCCGCCACCCGCAGUUGGUGAGCAAACUGCGACUGCACCAGCUGGCGAUGGAACCAUCCCCAUGCCCGUCCACCCUCACUUCUACUACGGCCAGCCCGCAACCUUGACGGGCGCCUACCACUCUCCCCAUCCCCCUAUCCUUGGGCCCCAUCAUCCAUUCCCUCACCAACACGUUCUCCUUCCCCAUCACCAUCUCCCUCCCCACCCUCCUUUCCCUCCACAGGGACAGAAGCCCGCCACCGUGCCCAACCACCCGGCCGCAGCCGGGACCCCAAGCAUGCUAGGGAUGUAUUCAUCACCUACCCAGAGGUCCGGCGGCCAACCUAUCAACGUCUUCCAGCAGCCAAAGGGCAGCAGCAUGCCCCCACCUCCUGCUGCAGUCCCACCGCAGUUGAGGGCAAGCAACCCCCCUGCCGCCGCCGCUGGUGGUCCAAGGAGACCAGCAGCACCCGCUGCCCUGCCCUCCCUCCCCGCGCCCAGGCCCGUGUCCAUCAACAUCCACUGGAUCGGCCGCGGGAGCCUCCUGGUGACGGACACCUGCGCGCCCCUGCACGGCCGGAUCCUCGAGAGGGCGAUGCAGCUCGCUCGCCUCAAGAGCGGCGAGUUUGGCGGCGGCGUCGCGCCUGGCCAGGCCGAGCAGCAGCACAGGAUGAUGGCGCUGCUCAAGCGGGUGCGGGCGGGCGACGUCGUGUACGAGGUGACGAGUCGGGUCGACGACCUCUCACCGCUGCUUGCGAGGAUGGGCCCGCCCUCGCAGGUCGGCUUCCCGUGCUUCGAUGUGGAGAUUGUCCUGCAGUCUGGGGACGGGGAGGACUAA